AUGGCAUCUUCUUCUGCAAAAGAAACCUCAAGUCUACAACCUACGGCGAGGAAGUGGACUGCCAGAGCCAUUACCCGGGGAGGUUCGACGGCCUCAAAGCCACUGGUUCCGUUCUCGGAACGCCGAUCUCAGGAAGAAAAAAAGCAGACAGAGGCUGAAACUGACAGGUGGGAUAUUGCACCAGACGGUGGUUCAGCUGGUCGUGAGGGACGUCAGUUUACAGUAGCCAAUGUGGGGAACAAUGGAAGGAUAUAUCUGAGGCCUAGCGUACGGCCUGCUCACUUACGGUACCCUCAACCAAACUUUACCUUUCCCAUUACGCCACCAAGCACGGCUGUAGUGGAUAGCUGGAAUCCAGCCGAGAAGACAAGCCAAGACGACAAUAAAAAAGGGGAUGAUAUUGAAAGUAACUUUCAAACGACGCAAUGGACCCCAACGACGAGUGCAACACCACUUGCUGGUGACAAACAAAUCUUGGCAGACACCGAGACUCCCAGUCGACCUAGACGACACAAGCGAUCCAUGUCGGAUAGCACAGUACACGAAGCGAGCACCAGCAAGGAUCAGGAAUCCCAUGCAUUCAAAAUAUCCAUCUCCAAGUUAGGCGAUCGCGACGAGCAUCGACCCCGGACCAUGGACGACCUCGACGCAAUGACUGGAACUCCGAUGCUCAACGUCAACAUACCCUCUUGGCGCCUUGGAACACCCCGCUUCAGUAUUAGAGGCACUCCAAUGAUUCGAAGCUCUUCCUAUGCGCCGACUGAAGACUUACAUUCCAGCUCCACGUCAGAUCUCAAAUCUUCAUCCCGAAUUCCCACCGUGCCUAUUCAAGCAAAUCCAACAAGAAAACCUAGUCCCUUAGCAGUUCCCGAGCAUUGUUCCCCUCUUGUGGCUCAACGCGGAGUUGCUGGUUUGCCAUCGCCACGUCUCUCACGUCCGAUGAGGUCAACAUAUGUUUCAACACACUUGGUCAUUCAACCAGCCAUGUUUACUGAUUUGACUUUGAAACCAGCCUGCAACGAUCGAAGCAUUGUACGAUACUCCCCUGCAGGGGCCGUGACAGCAGCAACACCACCUCGCCUUGUCGCCGAAAUAACGUCCCCUUGUUUCUUGGACUAUGAACUUAUCUCCGACUUCUUCCUCACUUUCAGAUCAUUUCUCGAAGCGACUGACCUUCUUCGAAUGCUGGUUGCCCGCUUAAGAUGGGCGCUGGAUCGUGAUGACGAGAUUGGUAUGAUUGUCCGUGUUCGGACAUUUGUCGCUCUUCGACACUGGAUAUUAAAUUACUUCGUGGACGACUUCCUUGCCGAAUACGGCCUGCGCGUGACGUUUUGCAAUUUAUUGAACGAUUUUGUGGACGAGCUUUGUCAAGACAUUGUCUCCAGUAGAGUCCAGUUAAAGAUUCUCGCGGAGCUCAAGAAAUGUUGGCGCAGAGUUUGUGCGCAAUACUGGGAUGCUGUCGAAUUCGAUGAUCUGCUUGGUCCAGAGGUAGUCAUUACACCUGGCGGCAUUGCUGGUAGUCGAGAUCCCAACCUCGAUCCAUCGGCGUUGGAGACACAGAUAAUAGGGCAACAACAGACACCACCACCUCAUACUGUACAGCCUCUACAAACCUCUACUAAUCUUAAUGCCGCCUCUUUGCCCGGUGAGAUCCCCAAGGCAAUGCAAGUUGGGGACUUCGUGGUGCUAGACAAUCGACCCGGGACUCCCGACUAUCACAACGGGAAUCCCGUGCACUUGGAAUACGGCCCCAACUCGCCGCACAGUCUGGCCAGUAUGGAUAUUGUAUCAUGCUCGUUCCCUAGCAAAAACAUGCGAGCUCUCAAUCCGAAUACCACUCAGUUGAUGGCUGCGCACCCGGUACCUUCAUCAUCAGUGGGCAUUGCCUCUGGACCGAUAGCAACUACACCAAAGGCGCUGGUUGGAAAGCGAGUUCGUCCGACCCAGACACACAAACGUAAUAACAGCCUUUCAGAUUCAUUGCGGGAUCAUAACUCUGAUAAGGCAUCCUCUACCGAUCAAGAGGCUUACACAACUGCGCCAUCUGGUGGGAGUCUUGUUCGUGGUAACUUGCUCCCCCCUGGCCAUGCCUUCGUUGACGUCGAAUCUCACCACCGCUGCGGCCACGCUCACCGACAGACAACCAUAGUUCAACAAAAAAGCCACAAUUUCUCCAAAGAAAGGGUAUCAGGUGGUGCCAUGUCUGGUCAUGGCAUGCGCAAACUUCUUCGCGGCGUCCGCAAGGCCUUAAAAACCAAAGGUCAAGGCCUUUAUUCUGGCCAAGCCAACUUGACGGACAUUCCUUCGGUUGGCCCUCGAGGUGCGACAACAAACCGACUACCUGGAACAGCCGUGGUCCCCCAACAGCUCAGCCGACACAAUGGCUCCCGGCCCCCUGUCCGGAUUGAUCUCUUAGGAGCAGAGGUCGCUGAAGAUUUCAAAAAGGCUAUCCGUGAGGAGGAGGCGGCGUUGGCUGCAGCCGCCGACAGUGAACAGCCCAGUGACGUGUCGUUGCACCCGCCAAAUUCUGCGCCCUUGCUAUCAACAUAUUCUAACUAUUCAGCCGCUCACAUGGACUCUUCAGCACUCGACGCCUUAGUAUUGAAUCAGAAGCAAAGGCCAGUUAGUGACAUGGGAAUAACGGUUGGAAGCAAGUCUAUUGUAAUCGUGGAUGAUACCGUUCCUUUCGAAAUGCCCUCGAUUCAUGGAGUCUUUGGAAGCGAAAAUCAAUCGAUUGAUACUUUCGCCGAUUCCUUUAUUCGUCAUGGUACCGACCCGACUCCUCCGAAUACACCACCAGAACAAUCCCAAGUGGGCGGAACACCUCGACGGUCGUCAUGCCUUCUCAAUCAAGACAUCGGAAGACAACCUUUUGUAGAGGACGAUAUCUUGCCUCCGUUCAUUCCAGACCUCACCACAUUAGAAGGCAGCCUGAGUACAAGAGUCUCGGAAGACCAGGCUCGACCUCCACUGGCAGUGAAACGCCAAAGCAGACAACACCCUCCCUUGAGUGGAGGCGCAGUUCGCCUUCAUAGACGAACUCGGUCAUCAAAAACGCACCAAUCUCUCAAUUCGAUAUUGCAUCGCCGGGUCACUUCUUUUGGCAGCGCAUCUAUUCCGCCCACCAUUCAGAGUUCUGAUGCCACCGCAGCCUCGGGCGAAUUAGACAGCAUCCAUCAAUCUCAAGCUUCUAUGCCCGCACCACUUCGUGUUCUCCGGCGACGGCCAGGGGGGGAUUUGAAAGCCGCUACCAAGGUGGGCGAUCUUGACCGGUCCACAGUAAGACGGUCGCAGUCCGUGGGUUCUUUGGCAACUUUCAGCGAGUCUAUUUGCAGCUCAUAUAUGCUAAGCACCCGCCCCAACUCUGCUGGGAAAUCCGAUCAAUCAAAAGGGCAGGAAACUUCGGGCCGUACAGAAGUCUUUUCACUUGGACAGCUCACUGAGAAGCCUCAAAAGCGGGACCUAUCACUUUUCAGCACGCAUUCUUCCAAGCCUAUCAUGCGACCAUCAUUCGAAGCUGAGGCUCAAAAGCUGGCACAAAUCCCAGAUGAAGAAGAUGACGGCAUCGAAUCGGCGCUACUGAAACUGGAAGGGAAGUUUCCUAAACGAGCUCUCAAACUUUCGAUUAUUGGCCAAAGUCCAGAUGCCAUCAGAAACGAAACGAAGGGAAAGAGACAGCAAGAAGAUGUUACCAAUGUCAACGAUCCAGAAUUUAAUACAGAAAAUGCGAACGAGGCGAAGAGGCUGCACAAUAUCGAGCCGUACUCGAUGUAUCAGCUCACAAAACAACCUGAGCAUUUGCAGGCGGUUCCGCUGGAGCAGCAGUCUGAGAAAGCUGAUCGCGCAGUCAGAGUGUUGAGUUCCUUCCUUUCUGUUUCUGAAGCUUCACAAGAUUCCUACUGCUCGAUACCGCUUCUGGAGCGAGAGCUCGGUGAUGAAAUAAGUAAAAUAUCUCCCCGGAGUUGGACUGAAAGAUCCAUUCUCCGAGGCUCGGACGAUGAAGACUCAGGAUCUGAACAAGAGCAAGUCAAUGACCCUAACGACGCCACGCAUUCGUCGUUUGACCUUGUAGAAAAGACUCAAAGUAUUGAGAGAAUAAAGCCUGGAGAAACAGUGCCCUCUAUCACAUCGGGAAUGGAAGACGAGUCUUUUUUGCGAGAUGAUAGCGCAAAUAAUACAGACCUGUCUUCAGAACUGUCUGAGGAUGAGCUUCGUGCUCGGGAUACCAAGGGACACGCCAGCCCUCUUUUAGAUCACGGCCUUCCUUCACAUCCUCUGGCACAAGAUCCUAUCGACCAGAGGCCGAAAACAUCUUCGGGGCCGAUAUCUCCAACCCAGGCCUUAUCAAUGGCCCCAAAGUCUUAUGAUGCUACUCGCACUUUCAACACAUGGCCUAGAAAGCCACUACCCCCAACACCUGAACUGACGCCGAUUGUGAGUUGUCCUGACAGUCCACGAUCCACGAACGAGAUGGCUCGCGGCAAUGCGUUAUUUGACUCUGCCAAACCUGGGACGUCGGCCAGCCCCAAGUUUUCUGUCCAUUUGCCAUUCAUUCUGGCCUUCGACUCCGACACCUUGGCCCAACAGUUUACUUUGAUCGAGAAGGAUGCUUUGAAUGAAAUUGAUUGGAAAGAGCUGAUUGACAUGGACUGGAAGAAUUCUGCUAGCAGCCAUUCUCGGUCAUGGGUUGACUUCCUGAGAAAUACGGAUGCACAAGGCGUCGAGGUUGUGAUUGCACGAUUCAAUAUAAUGGUCAAAUGGGCCAUCUCCGAGAUUGUUCUCACCCAGCAUGCCGAGGAGAGAGCUAGAUGCAUCAUCAAGCUAAUUCACAUUGCGGCCCAUUGCCGACGGUACCGCAAUUUUGCGACUCUUGCCCAGCUUACGAUUGCCCUGUCUAGCAACGAAAUAUCUCGCAUGUCCAAGACGUGGGAUCUUGUGCCAGAAAAUGACUUAAAGACGCUCAGUGAUCUUGAGUUUCUAGUUACUCCUAGCAGAAACUUUCAUAACAUUCGGCAAGAGAUGGAAAUGGGUUCAGAUUCUGGCUGCAUUCCAUUUGUUGGCAUUUAUACACACGACUUGCUUUACAAUGCACAGAAGCCAUCUGAGAUUGCAAGUUCGCCAUCAACCGCACCUCUGGUCAACUUUGAGCGGUGCCGCAUUGCAGCCUCUGUUGUAAAGACACUCCUCCGUCUCUUGGAAGCCAGCACUCGAUACACAUUCCAGCCGAUUGAGGGCGUAACAGAGCGAUGCCUUUGGAUUGGGGCGCUUAGUGAUGACGACAUCCGAAAGCAUUCUCAAAGCCUUCGGUAG